UAAUUUUUAGUAUCAUACACAUGUAUCUCAAACACCCCACCUAUUGUUACUGUAUGUAGUCCACCGUAGUGACUCACACCUCUGCGGGGCUUAUCUUCGUAGACUCUCACCGCCGCCCGAUCCCAGACUGCCAUCGGUAUUUACAACGAAAAUUUUCAAUCGUUUUCCGCACAUCCUGACUUACGCACGUCGUGCCGUCCGCAAACCAUUUUUGUUACGUGUCUUCCCGACAGACGUCCGAGAAGACAUUUUUCCUUGCAACCUGUUACUUUUUAAGACUUCAAAAUUAGCGAAUCAAGUAUGUCACGGAAAACGGCAGUGAGGAGGGCAACCACAAAGAAACGGGCGCAGCGUGCCACGUCUAAUGUGUUUGCCAUGUUUGGGCAGGCACAGAUACAAGAAUUUAAGGAAGCAUUUAAUUUGAUAGAUCAAAAUCGUGAUGGGUUUAUUGAUAAAGAAGAUUUGCAUGAUAUGUUGGCUUCUUUAGGCAAAGACCCAACUGACGACUAUUUGGAAGGUAUGAUGAAUGAUGCACCUGGCCCAAUUAAUUUCACUAUGUUUCUUACAUUAUUUGGCGAAAGACUUCAAGGUACAGAUCCGGAAGAUGUAAUUAAAAACGCUUUUGGUUGCUUUGACGAAAACAAUGAAGGUGUUAUUAAUGAAGAACGUCUCAGAGAACUUUUAGUUACUAUGGGAGAUAGAUUCACAGAUGAAGAUGUUGAUGAAAUGUAUCGUGAAGCUCCUAUUUCAAAGGGGAUGUUUAAUUACAUAGAAUUCACACGUAUUUUGAAACAUGGUGCAAAAGAAAAAGAUGAAGUUUAACUUUUUUUUUUUUUUACUUGCAUAUCACUUUA